CUCUGGGCUGAAAGGAAGACACUGUUGGGGGGGGGCGGGGGCAGGCCUCACCCGUUCCUGGUGACGAGGACCCGCUGUGUGCCGGGCACCGUGCCUCGCCCCGUGAACCCGGCCGCCGGAACCAGACUAGCGGCAGCUGACUUUAUUGAGCACUUACUACGUGCCGGCCUCUGCUCUGUAGCUGUCCGCUCACCACCCUUCGGAGGCCUUGCCCUUCUAGUCCCGUUUUUACAGAAAAGGACACUGAGACUCAGAGGAAAGAAGUCGCUUGCCAGGGGCAUGCUGUGGGUUCAGUGGCAGAGUCAGGAUUGGAGCUGAAUGUGGCUCAUUCUUCCAGAACGUUAGAGGGCACGGGUCUCUGUGGCUCUCGCCCUUGAGUUUUAGGACCAAGGAGUUAUAGAGAGGUAUUGGACUCUUGAGCCCCAGCCACACAAUCGGGGACCCCCCAAGAUGACAGGCCCAUGUUUCUGGGCCACAGUUUCUGUGCAGCCGGCGGUCGUGGGGUGCCCCCACCCCCCGCAUUUCCGGGGCUUUUCCAGCAUGGACAGAGCCUCCUUGUUCUCCGAUGCCACAGCUGCAGGCCCCUGGGGGCUCCCCCACCUGCUCCAGAGAAGCUAGUCUCAGGGCCAGGAGAGGGACCCCUUGCCACCGCCUGCGUCGGGGUUACGAUGGGCUGCGCCCCUGGGUGUGCUGGGGGGGGCCUGUGACAGGCAGUGGGAGGCCAGGCAGGAGUUGCAGGUGGGCAGAGUGAGGGGAACCCGAAGUCUGGGGAGAGGCGUGGGUGCAAGGGGCCAUUCCAGAAACUCCAGAGCCCUUUGCUGCAGGCCCUACGACGGGGUGACGUGACAGCUGUCCCUGGGGUGUGGCUUUGGGCAGCUGAGGCCUCAAGUCCUCCUGGUGUCCGCGGCAGCCUUGGCCGGUGGUGUUUUAUGGGGUAGGAAUUGUGUUUGGGGCUAGUAAACUUCAGGCCUUCAGUAGGAGCCCCAAACCUGACCCAGCAACCCAGGCACCGCCGUUGGAGAGCCGGGGCUCCCAUGGGGUGACAAGCGGAUCUGGGAGACGGUCUGGGUGCCCCUCCGGUUUGGGUCCCCACCCCAGUGGGCCUGCUGGUGGGUCAGGGCCGCUUAGUAGAAUUGGUGACCCACAGAGACCAGGACUCAGACCUUUAGGACCAAGGAGUUGUAGGUAUGUAGAGAAUUCUGGAGCCGCAGACUCAUUAUCAGAGACACCCCAAGAUGACCGACUCAUGCUGUGAGAGUGUCCCGAGCUUGAGAACGCAGAGCCACAGAACAGGGAGGACAGGGGUCAGAGGGAGGCAGGGACUGUGGCACUCUGGGAUCCCCUCACCCCAAGGCUGGGAUUCUAACUGCUCCCAUGCUGCUGGUCUCACAACCUCCAGGGCUCAGGGGUCAGCGGACAGUAGCCCUGUCCUUGCAGGGGAGGCGGCCAGGCUCUCCAGGUUUUUCUGGAUCCACCGAUUCCAGAGAUGGGGGUUUUAAAAAUAAAGCCGCCCGAGUUUUCCCUGGGGGAAACUAAUUUUAAAAAAAUGUCUUUAAAGCACCGUCCAGAUGAAGCAAGAUCCCACAGCCUCUCCUGACCCGGAGCCUGGUGCCGUGGAGGGUCCAAGCCACUGUGUAACAGUUGUGAGACCUCGGUUUCCUCCUCUGUAAAGUGGGAAUGAUAAUGACACUGGCUGCUAAGGUUGUGCCAAGGAUUCAGUGAGUUACCGUGAGAAGUGCACAGGCCCAGCCCACAUAGGAGCCAGGACUCUGUUUUCACCUUGCCCCAGGCCACCCGUCCCUCCCCCGCCAGGCUGCCUCCCAGGGGGCCCGCACUCUACGCCACCAGAGCCUCCACGUGUCCCCCCACGGGCUCCCGAUGUGCCGCCCCGCCUUGGGACAGCCCUGAGGAUGUUGGAAGGCAGGGAAAUGUUCACCCCUUGGGGCCCUGGAGGAGGAGCAGGCGGAGGAGGCAGAGCUGGGAGGGCAGGCCUAGCCAGUGCCUGGUACAUAGUAGGUGCUCCAUAAAUGUUUUUGAAUGAAUGAAUGGAGGCCAUGCAGGCAGAGGCAGCCGCGCGUGCGCAGGCACUGGUGAAAAGCGGGUCCAGUGGAGACUGGAGCCAGGUGACAGAUGGGUCCUUUCCUUCCUGCCCCGUCUCUCGAGCUCCCUCCUCAGAGGCUCACUCUCCAGCCUCCCAUGGGAAUCGUGGGAAUCGUCUGAAGUUCUGAGCCCGGAACCCGAGGAGGAGGAGGAGGAGGAGGAGGAGGAGGAGGAGGAGGAGGGAGAGGAAGUCGAGUCCUGAGAACCUGUGCACCUUCCCGGAAACAGGCGGAGGGGCGCGUCCCGGCCCGGUCACGGCGCCCGGCGCCUGCUGGUAGUGCCCCCGGCGGACACCCCUGCGGUUGGCACGGGCCGCGUCUGCUUCGCCCGGGGCCCCCCGCGCUGGGGGUCGCCCCCAAGAUGGUGGCGGCCCCGGGGAGGACUGUGCCGCCAGCCCCAGCCUCCCGCUGCUAGGUCCCCCGCGCCCCGGCCCCUCCCUCCCGAGCCCGGCCUUCCAGGGGGGCCGCGGCCGGCGCCAUGCUGCGCCUGGGGCUGUGCGCCGCAGCGCUGCUGUGCGUGUGCCGGCCGGGCGCCGUGCGCGCCGACUGCUGGCUCAUCGAGGGCGACAAGGGGUACGUGUGGCUGGCCAUCUGCAGCCAGAACCAGCCGCCCUACGAGACCAUCCCGCAGCACAUCAACAGCACCGUGCACGACCUGCGGCUCAAUGAGAACAAGCUCAAGGCCGUGCUCUACUCGUCGCUGAACCGCUUCGGGAACCUCACCGACCUCAACCUCACCAAGAACGAGAUCUCCUACAUCGAGGACGGCGCCUUCCUGGGCCAGUCGAGCCUGCAGGUGCUGCAGCUCGGCUACAACAAGCUCAGCAACCUGACCGAGGGCAUGCUGCGCGGCAUGGGCCGCCUGCAGUUCCUAUUCGUGCAGCACAACCUCAUCGAGGUGGUGACGCCCGCCGCCUUCUCCGAGUGCCCGAGCCUCAUCAGCAUCGACCUGUCCUCCAACCGCCUCAGCCGCCUGGACGGCGCCACCUUCGCCAGCCUGGCCAGCCUCAUGGUGUGCGAGCUGGCCGGCAACCCCUUCAACUGCGAGUGCGACCUCUUCGGCUUCCUCGCCUGGCUGGUGGUCUUCAACAACGUCACCAAGAACUACGACCGCCUGCAGUGCGAGUCGCCGCGCGAGUUCGCCGGCUACCCGCUGCUGGUGCCCCGGCCCUACCACAGCCUCAACGCCAUCACCGUGCUCCAGGCCAAGUGCCGCAACGGCUCGCUGCCUGCCCGGCCCGCGAGCCACCCCACGCCCUACUCCACCGACGCCCAGCGGGAGCCGGACGAGAACUCGGGCUUCAACCCCGACGAGAUCCUGUCGGUGGAGCCGCCGGCCUCGUCCACCACGGAUGCGUCUGCGGGGCCGGCCAUCAAGCUGCACCACGUGGCCUUCACCUCGGCCACGCUGGUGGUCACCAUCCCGCACCCCUACAGCAAGAUGUACGUCCUGGUCCAGUACAACAACAGCUACUUCUCCGACGUCAUGACGCUCAAGAACAAGAAGGAGAUCGUGACGCUCGACAAGCUGCGCGCGCACACCGAGUACACGUUCUGCGUGACCUCGCUGCGCAACAGCCGCCGCUUCAACCACACCUGCCUGACCUUCGCCACGCGGGACCCCGUCCCCGGCGACCUGGCGCCCAGCACCUCCACCACCACCCACUACAUCAUGACCAUCCUGGGCUGCCUCUUCGGCAUGGUCAUCGUGCUGGGCGCCGUCUACUACUGCCUGCGCAAACGGCGCAUGCAGGAGGAGAAGCAGAAGUCCGUCAAGGUCAAGAAGACCAUCCUGGAGAUGCGCUACGGGGCCGACGUGGAUGCCGGCUCCGUGGUCCACGCCGCCCAGAAGCUGGGCGAGCCCCCCGUGCUGCCCGUGCCCUGCAUGCCUUCCAUCCCCUCCGUGAUCGGGGAGAAGCUUCCCGCCCCCAAGGGGCUGGAGGCCGGGCUGGACACGCCCAAGGUGGCCACCAAGGGCAACUACAUCGAGGUGCGCACCGGCGCGGGCGGGGACGGCCUGGCCCGGCCCGAGGAUGACCUCCCGGACCUGGAGAACGGCCAGGGCUCGGCCGCCGAGAUCUCCACCAUCGCCAAGGAGGUGGACAAGGUCAACCAGAUCAUCAACAACUGCAUCGACGCCCUCAAGCUGGACGCGGCCUCGUUCCUCGGGGGAGGCGGCGGCGGCGGCGGCGACCCCGAGCUGGCCUUCGAGUGCCAGUCCCUCCCUGCGGCCGCCGCCGCCGCCGCCGCCGCCUCCUCGGCCGCCGCCCCUGGGGCGCUGGAGCGGCCCAGCUUCCUCUCGCCCCCCUACAAGGAGAGCGUGCACCACCCGCUACAGCGCCAGCUGAGCGCCGACGCCGCCGUGGCGCGCAAGACCUGCAGCGUCUCGUCCAGCGGCUCCAUCAAGAGCGCCAAGGUCUUCAGCCUGGACGUGCCCGACCACCCGGCCGCCGCGGGGCUGGCCAAGGGCGACUCCAAGUAUAUCGAGAAGGGCAGCCCGCUCAACAGCCCGCUGGACCGGCUCCCGCUGGUGCCCGCGGGCGGCGGCGGGGGCGGCGGGGGCGGCGGGGUCCAUCACCUGGAGGUGAAGCCCGCCUACCACUGCAGCGAGCACCGGCACAGCUUCCCGGCCCUGUACUACGAGGAGGGCGCCGACAGCCUGAGCCAGCGCGUGUCCUUCCUCAAGCCGCUGACCCGCUCCAAGCGGGACUCCGCCUACUCCCAGCUCUCCCCCAGACACUACUACUCAGGUUACUCCUCCAGCCCUGAGUACUCCUCCGAGAGCACGCACAAGAUCUGGGAGCGCUUCCGGCCCUACAAGAAGCACCACAGGGAGGAGGUGUACGUGGCCGCCGGCCACGCCCUGCGCAAGAAGGUCCAGUUCGCCAAGGACGAGGACCUGCACGACAUCCUCGAUUACUGGAAAGGGGUCUCGGCCCAGCAGAAGCUGUGACCCUCUCCUUCCCGAUUGGCAAAACUGAGAAGAGCAAGCCGGCGGAGCCAGUGGUGUGAGAAAGCAGAUUCCCGUUACAUUUGCAUGACGAUUUUACUGUAUUUUUCUGAGCAAA